AUGGAUGUCAGUGGUUCGAGUUCAUCCCCAGAUAAUGAAGGAACAUCCGAGGAACAGUCCCUUGAUUUAACGACGCCGGAAGUCUCGUUUCCGAACACCCCGUGCAGCAAGGCGUGGCAACAACUGCUGAGCAGUGUUUGUCAUGUCACUGCGACGACCCAUGCAAAUGCACAGAGGCUGGCGCAGCUUUGGUUGGCGGGCCUGUAUCCAUCUUGGCCAUACCUAAUGUCCGAAUGUGAAAAACAGACACCUGAUUCUACCGCAAGAAUCUAUUUUGAAAUGGCUGAAAAGCACCGCAAAGCAAUGUCAACUUUCAUCUCAACAACACCUACGGUGAAUCCGUUCAGUGGGACGAACGAAGACUCGUCUAUGGCAGUUGAAGGAGAUGUAAAAAAUAGGUUGCACCAUGAGUUGAGCAUGAAACGGUUUUUAGACGCAUGUAACAAUGAAUCGAUGGGUGAGGCGAACACCAACCCCAUCACGAAGGAACCUAGCGACACUUGCCAAACCGGUUUGUACAAUUCAAAGAGAAGAAAAAGACGUGUACUAUUCAGCAAACUUCAGACAUACAAACUGGAACAGAGAUUUAGCAGGCAACGCUACCUUACAGCUUCAGAACGAGAACAGCUUGCCAGAAUGCUGGACUUGACGCCAACUCAGGUCAAAAUUUGGUUUCAAAAUCAUCGUUACAAGUUGAAGCGAGUCGGAGAAGACAGCUCACGGAUAUGCGAUUCGACAUCUCCACAGCUUUUCAGUCCAACAACAUCAGUCGGAGGAGUUGUUCAGGCCAACGAUUUUACAGUCAUCUGGGACGAACACCAGUUACUUGCAAGGACAAAGGAACUGCAGUAUGAGGACCCGAUAAGUUCGGCAGACAAACUGAUGGGCUGUCCGAAAAAAGUUCUGCAUUCAACCUCGCCAAAUUCGGAGCUUCAUUUACAGGAAUCAAACCAUUAUGUUCCCAGAACCACUGGGUACUCUAAAGCAUCCGCACAACUACUCUGUCGAGGAGAACUGCCAAAACUCCACAAAACUGUAUAA